GGAGGUGGAGAAGCGCGGGGCGUUCAUCCAGUACUACACCGAGGCGCAGAAGCCUUGCCCCAUCACCGGGUGCAAGCGCCUGACGCCAACCUUGGGCAUCGACAACUAUGCCGUUGUGGACAUUGCCACUUUUUUGCGAUGAUGCGCCGCGAAUGGUGCUGUUGUAAAGCUAUACCUCACGAGCAGCGUCAGCCGGCUCUUGCUCCCGCCGACGCCGCGCCUUUGCAACCGUACCGCGCGAGAACUAGGCGGGAAAUUCCCCGCGACUCUUUCCGCUUCUAUCGGCCAGUUGACGGAUCUGGUCCGCCUCCAACUUCCCAAUCUAUGGCUCGCUGGUUCGGUACCGCGAUCGCUUUCCCGGCUUACUAAACUUCGGCUUCUCAAUCUCAAAGUUAACUGCUUCGCUGGUCCUCUUCCCGUCGCCUUUUUUCGCAUGCCGAAUCUCUACUCUCUGUCCGCGUCGCGAAAUUUCUUCUCCGGCGGGAUACCACAGCCUCCUGCUGCGUACGUCGCGAUAUUUUCGUUAUCAUAUCUGGAUCUCAGGAGGAAUUUUCUUUCCGGGCCGAUUCCACCUGCCCUUCUGGAAAUGGAUUUGGUCGAUCUUGCUCUGGAUCAGAACCGGCUUUCGGGUGACUUGAGCGGGCAGCAGAUAAAAGCUUCCUUCAUUGGCUUAAGCCGGAACAGGCUGUCAGGAAAUCUCAACAAGAUCCAGUUCAGCGAGUGGGUAAUCUUCAUCGACUUCUCUGAGAAUCUUUUCUCGGGCACCUUUCCGCAAAUCCUGUGCAGGAACUUGGCCUACCUCUUAGGCGUUAAUUUUUCACGUAAUCGCCUGACCGGAGCCGUUCCAGCAAAUUGUUUCAAGCCUGCAAAUGGGGUCCUGGCCUUCUCCUUGAGCCGCAACAACUUCUCGGGCAGCUUGCAGCCUUUUUCAAGCCUGCCCAAGGGCAUCUUGGAUGUGGACCUGGCAUUCAACAAGUUCGCAGGGAGAAUUCCCCAAGGCCUCACCACUUUACCCCAGCUAGAAUACUUAAACCUGCGGUCAAACUAUCUGACAGGCCCCAUCCCCCCCUUCUGCCAGGGCCAGCAAGCCCUUCUCUACCUCAACCUCGCCUUCAACGCCCUCUCUGGCCCGCCCACCCCUCUCUCCUCCCCCUCCUGCGCCCCCUCCCUCAACACCCUCUACCUCUCCUCCAACCAACUCUCCGGCUCCAUCCCCGCUACAAUCAGCUCAUUUAAAAGCCUCCAAUGGCUGCUUCUAGAUAAAAACGCCCUCACAGGGGCGAUCCCGGCUGGGGUGAGCGGCAUGCAGCAGCUGUGGGGACUGGGCGUGUCAUACAACCGGCUGUCGGGUCCCAUUCCCGCGGCUUGGCCGCGAACUAUCGGCCAGGUGCUGCUGGCAGGGAACCGGCUGUCAGGGGCUGUUCCUGCUGCUCUUAGCAAGCUGAAACGGGCUUCCUUUAAGCCAGGAAACCCUAACCUGUGCGGAACACCGCUGCCUGCUUGCAAAUAGAACCUCUCCUGUGUAUAAUAAUGUCACGAUUUGUGUGAUGCUACAGUAUUAAAGGAAUGGGCUGGUUUGUCGCACAAGUU